UAUAUGAUUAAUGUAAUUAUGUAAUUUAUCACAAUACUAAAAGCACAAUAUAUUCAAUGGUGAGACUGCCACGUCCUAAAAAAUAUCAGCCAAUGAGGAGCAAUUAAUCGGACACGUCAGCACUGCUUCAGUCAACUUAGAUCCGGGCCAUCCAUAUGGGCUUCUAAAAGUCCGCAAUAGCCCAUAUCAUGCCUAUCUCGCCUACCAUAAUUUUCCUUAUCGUCUCCGACCCUUCCAAUUCGUCGUCAUCCUUUCAAAUUCUCUGCAAUUCACCGUUAUUACGACCACUCUGAAUCAUUCAAUAUAUUUCUCUUCGACGGCACCCGAUCUAACAAUCCCUCUUCCUCUUCCCUAUCCUCACGAUACAACCUUAACGUCAUCCUCAGGCCUAAUGACAGUCCUCCUUCCUUGAAGUUAUUCAAGCACUCUUCAAUGCUGUAACAUCCGAAUAGUCAUAAUCCCUUCAAUUUCCCAGUCUAGCCAUAUAUAACUCACUCUCCCAUUUCACUUCUGCCCUAUUCACACACCAGCGAUACAAAUCCCACAAUGUUGUCAAUCGUCACUAUCGAAAAGUCAUACCUUUUAACUCAUGCGUUCACUUCAACUCCUCCAUCCUUCCAUCUCUCAGGUCUUUCUCAUCCCGUCAUACCAAUUAGUCAGAUUAUGAGAGUUCCAGCUCCAUAUCCAUCCAAGGGGCAAAAGAUAGAGAGGUAUAAGCAAAGCUACCAUUUUGUCUGCUUCUUAACACUUAUGUGUAUCACAUUCUUCGACCACUCAAAUUCAUCAUCCCAGUCACUUGUUCUUCCAUCGUAAUGAAACAGAACAAUGGUAAAGUUGUCUGAAAACUGUUUUUAGGAAGACAAAACAUGGUGUUCAAAAAAAAAGGAAGAGAAAACAUAAAUGAGAGUACCAUUAAAAUUAAAAUAAAAAUUUAGAAAAAAAACAAAAAGGACAGGAAGCAACCUUCUUAACACAUGCAUCUAUGUUUUGUCUCUGUUUGUAACCCACUGUAAAUGUUACUAGAUAUCUCGGUUUCUUUUUCAAAUUCUGAGUAAACAGAGAGAAGAAAAUAAACUGUAAAAUCCAAGAAUGAGAUUGUGUGUUUGAGAAUCAAACCUCUUCAGGGUUCCCCCAAAACCUGCGCAAAUACAAGUCUGACUCGGAUGCAAUAAUACCGGGUAGUAAUCUCUCAGCUCCUUUUGGAUUUGAAGGAACCCAUAUCUGAGAAAAAUGUGAAUCAAAUUGUUCUGGAAACAUGCAAACAAAUGUGCAAAAUUUCUAAACAAUUACAUAAAACAUACCUUUGAGAUAUCAGUGGCUUGUACAGGAGAUACAAAUUUUGUUAAAAAAAAAUACAACCGGUCAUAAAAUCAUAUAAGUAGAAAGCUUCAUUUAUUAGAUAGUCAUAUAAAAUAUAUACUAUAUAUAUGUUAAUAAUCUAAUCUAUUAAUUUAAAGUACUAUUUUUAUCUACUACUAAGAGAUUGUCAUUUAAGCUUUGAACCUAUCAUUUUUUUUAUUAAUAGAUAUGAUUAGAUAUACAACUCUCUUACAUUAAUAAAUUUUGCUUACGAAAUAGCAUUCACAAUAAAAACUACACGUGACAUAUUAGAAUAUUCCAACAUUUUUUUUAGAAUAGCACAACUAAACCAGAUUUUUGAAAUAACAACGUGUAAUCCAUUAAGACGGCUAGGGUUUUGGCGACGACCGUGGCGACUCUGGAUCUGUGAAGACGUGAAGUGCAAGACAAAGACGAGAGGGAGACUAUCGACACUCCUCUCCUUUCUACGGUGUCCUGUAGUGCAUACAGAGUUUUCUUUACAUAAUUUUCCAUCCCCUUGAUGUGUUUGCGUGCUUAGCAAGGUUUGUUGCGACUAAGAAAGCAUGAGCCGUCAAGUAGGAUCCCGGGUAAGAAGAGAUAAUGACAUGACGAUGAGACGUCGCAUACAGGAGAAUGAAGAAGAGAUCAUCAGGGUUCCUGCGUUUGAUAACUCGGAUUUGAUUGAUAAGUUCAAACAAACCCUUAUAGGAAGGAUGUUCCAUUCUGACGGAAGAAGCGUUGAGGCCCUGCUGAAGUAUAUGCCCAAGCGUCGGAUCUGGGAUGUCGAGGGCCGGGUACGAGGAACAAACCUUGGGAACAACAGGUUCCAUUUCGACUUCGAUAAGGAGGAGGACCUGAUCAAGGUACUAGAAAAACGUCCAUGCCACUUCAAUAAGUGGAGCUUUUCAUUGGAAAGAUGGACCCCUACUGUCAAGGAAGACUUCCCCAACUCCCUGCCUUUCUGGGCGCUUGUAUCUGGAGUUCCGAUCCACUAUAAGAAAAUAGAAACCUAUGAAAGUGUGGGGAAAGCACUGGGAGUGUUUGAUAAAGCGGAUGUGGAUGGAAGUCGGGUGAGAGUCUUAGUGAAUGGAGAUUUACCUCUGAAAUUUGAAUGUAAGGUUGGCUUUGAGAAUGGCGAUGUGGUAAAGGUAACGAUCCAGUACGAGGACCUCUAUAGACAUUGUUAUUCCUGUAAACGGAUAUCUCAUGAGGAAGGAACUUGCCCUGAGAUAAAUGAUAAUCAAAGAGAGAGAAACCGCUUGGCAAGAAUUGAACUGAAAGAGAAGGAGGAUAUGGCGAUGAAAGAAGCCUUCUCACAACCCCAACGUCGGUCCCCAAGAGCCUACACUGACAUAUCAAACCGAGACAACAGGGGGAUAGAGAUGAGAUCGGCCUAUCAAGAAUCUUCAGACGUACGUAGAGGAGAUCGCAAGGAGGAUGAGAGAUACCAUGAUCUACGUAAGCAAUUGAAGGAGAGACGGGAUGCUCACUCAAAGAAUGUAUGGAACAGACUUGAAACUGGUAAUCACUCCGAGCUUCCCCGCAAUCGGGAGAGAUACCAUCCGUAUCAAAACAGUUCAGGAGCGCUGUCAAAAGAGAGGACCAGAGACUCUGCUUCAUCAUCUGAAUGGAGACCAAAAAGAGCUACAGAGAACCGAUACGAGAAUCAAUCUAAAAAGUAUGGGGACCAUGGAUACACGAGCUCCAGGAGCAGGAUGUCAUUUGACUCGCAAAGAACCAUAUCUGUGAACCCCCGACGACAUGGUUUCAUGGACUCUGGGAGAGGACGAAACUCAAGAUCCCCACCUUCUGGGGUGAUGGAAUGGAGACCAGUUAAUAGAGGUCGAGACUCCGACAAACCUCGUGGCUUACUUAAGAAGGACAGCACGCUGGAGAAUUCUAAAAAAACCCCGAGAGUAAAUGCCCCUGAAGAAUCAGCAAGUAGAAGAAGCAACUCUGAGGAUCACGGUCCAGAGAGAGUGAACCAGACUACACAGAACAGAGAGAUUGUCUCUGAGGAAAGAGGUCAAGAAGAUGAACUGAUAAAAAACACUGGGAAUGCGCAGCAGUCAAGUGAUAAUGCUCAAGGGAUCAUGAUGGGAAAAGACUCCAAUAAGGGUCAAGAAACAGAGAAGAUGAGAGAGGAGAAUGAACUGGAUGAAAACAUUGAGGAGUACGCUGAUCUUGUCAUGACAGAUGAAAUGAUCAACGAGGAUGAUCUUCUGAAAGAUUGCGCGGAAAUGGAGAAAGAAGCGCUAGCUGAGAUGGAGGACGGCCGGAUAGAAGCUAUCUCACAAUUAUCUCCGGAGAGACCAAGUAACAAAACGACAGAGGUCGAGGCAAAUGCUCCGACUGAAAAGCUUGCCAAACAAGGGAUAAAGAAGAGUCAAACGCAAGAAACGAUUGCAAAGAAUCAGAAGAGCAUGCGCGCUAAGCAGAGUUCAACAUUGGGGAGAAAGAGGGGUGCUCGUAGCCCGGAUCUUAAAGGAGCUUCAGCAUCCCGAAAGCAGGCAAGUAGAGGACGGCUAUCACCAAAAUCAAAGGUCAUGAAGCCGGUCCGAAAGAUGUCUCAUGACUCUCGCCAUGUCCCUCGCCAUGAGGUGUAUCCAUCUGCGAUUCCAAGCAGAAAACCAGUGUCUACCCCAGGUUCGAUGGUGUCCCAGAAACCAUCCAGUUCUAAGAUAUGAAUGCAAUCAC